UAUCAUGCACAGGGAGUGUUUUGUUUACCAUUUCAAGUUGACAGCUGGGUAGGGGUACUGGAACUGUUCAGCCAAUAGUGCAACACCUUGAACACAGAGAAAGGCAGAAGUAUCGUAGUCAUAAUUGUUCAGCGACAGUUAUGAUCACUAAUAAACUGGUGGUGAAACAAAAUGUGAUUGAGAUUAUUGUGCCCAUCUUGAUUGCUGUGAAACAUAAGCCAGAGGAGCAGCGAUCACCACUCAUGAAACAUCUCCUUCUUUACUUGAAGGAGCUCAUGAAGGAUUAUAAAAAUGAGGUGGAACAAAGCCCAGAGGAUCAUACUGACUGGCACCCACAUUGCCCUGGUGUGAACAAGGUCAUGUACUUCAACUGCAAAAGGUAUCACUCCUUGAACAUCCAACUUUGUGAUGCAAAUGGAGUGAUCCUUAGCUACUGCUCCAGAUUUCCAGGUGCUACACAUGAUGCUUUCGUGUGAUUUGAAGCAGUGGUUUGAGGAAUGGGAGCUUGGGGACUACCUGCUCAUUGAGGCAAAGGUGAAAGCUGGUAUCUUCACUGGAUCACAAGUAAGGAAAAUUAUGGAGUGCUCAGAAUUUCUACAAAAGCUCACAGAAAAGGAGAAAAAGGCUUGGGAGUGUUUUAUUGUUGUAGUACAGGGCUUUCUUGGCAACAACAAGACUGAUAACUAUAUGGAACUGUUUGAAGCUUAAGUGAAAAGCUAUGGUGAGAUAGGCUGCGGAUUGUCCUUGAAGGUCCAUAUCCUAGAUGCUCACCUCAGUAACUUCAAGGAAAAUAUGGAAGUAACGAGAAUGGGAGAACGAGAAUAUUCAGAGGAACGAGGCUUUCACCAAGAUAUAAUGAACUUUGAACAGAAAUAUCAGGGAUCCUUCAAAGAAAACACGAUGGGAGACAACAUUUGGGGGCUCAUACAUGAAAGUGAUUUGUUGCAUUCACGCAAAUCAAGAAAAAAAAAACUGUUCAUUUUUAAUCCUAAAAAAUAGUUUCAUAAGUUUUAAAAUUAAAUUUGUGUCGUUUGAAUGUUUUCUGUUUUCUGUCCCAAAAAUGGUGAAAAUGGUGAAAUUUUGCGAUUUUGGGGCAAAAAAAUCAUUUUAAGAGCCACAAAAGCAAAUUAAGUUUGACAGGAAUAAUGGACAUUUUCUAUUGUUUUGCAAUAAAGAGCUGGAAAAUAACACUUGCUUGUCAAAGACAAAAAUCGUGUUACAUAGUAUUAUCAAUGGCAGUUAUCCCAAAUAACCAAAAAAUAUCGAAAGAAGUAAAUCAGAUGUUUCUAGGAGAAAUGUUAGUAAAAAGUGUUUCUUUUUUUUAUUGUUUAUUGCAUGACAAGGCACAAACAAUAAAAAAAAAAAAAAAAUCAAUCAUUAGAUGCCUUUUAAGUGUACAGUGACAUGCUAAUCACGCAUACUUCUAAGUACUCUUCAACCUAAUAUCAUAUGAGAGAGAGAGAGAGAGAGAGAGAGAGAGAGAGAGAG